CACCAUCUCCUCCUCUUUCUCUCUCUCUCCAACCUGGUCUUACUCCUUUCACAUAUCCAGCCAGGGCCGUCGUUUCUCACACAUCUUGCCGGAGGGAGAGAAUAAACGAAGAAGGCGACGGAGACGGAGACGGAGAGAGUUUGAUUUGAAUAUCAUGGCCCAGCCUUCCAACGCUGCUGAUCUCAAUCCUCAAACCCCUCACCCUCACCAUCAAUGGUAUCAACAACAACGACAGUAUCAGCAGCAAUGGAUGGCGGUGCAGUACCCUGCCGCCGCCAUGGCCAUGAUGCAACAACAGCAGAUGAUGAUGUAUCCUCCUCAGCAUUACGUGGCGUAUUCUCACCAUCCUUAUCAACAGCAGCAACAGCCACAGCAGCAGCCACCGCCGUCGCAGCAGCAACAGCAGCAACCUCAGUCGCAGCGACCUCGCAGGCAGGGGUCAACGGACGACGUUAAGACGCUUUGGAUUGGUGACCUUCAGGCCUGGAUGGACGAGACCUAUCUCCAUAACUGUUUCGCUCACACCGGCGAGGUUUUCUCUGUUAAGGUCAUAUGCAAUAAGCAAACUGGUCAAUCUGAGGGCUAUGGAUUUGUUGAGUUCUAUUCACAUGCAACAGCUGAUAAAGUGUUGCAGAACUAUAAUGGUGCUAUGAUGCCAAACACAGAUCUGCCUUUCCGUCUCAAUUGGGCAACCUUUAGUGGAAAUGAUAGGCGACCGGACACUGGUUCUGACCUAUCUAUAUUUGUUGGUGAUUUGGCUGCUGAUGUAACUGAUGCUAUGCUGCAAGAAACUUUUUCUAGUAAAUACACAUCUGUUAAAGGAGCAAAGGUGGUUAUUGAUUCAAAUUCAGGGCGUUCAAAGGGUUAUGGAUUUGUCAGGUUUGGUGAUGAAAAUGAAAAGUCCAGGGCUAUGACUGAAAUGAAUGGGAUAUAUUGUUCAAGUAGACCCAUGCGCAUUGGUGUUGCAACACCAAAGAAAGCAUCUGGAUAUCAACAAGGUUAUUCUUCACAGGCUUUAGUUCUGGCUGGUGGACAUGCAAAUGGCAUGGCUGUUCAGGGACCACAAGAUGGCGAGUCGAACAACACGACUAUAUUUGUUGGCGGCCUUGAUUCUGAUGUUAGUGAUGAAGAUCUCAAGCAACCUUUCUCUAAAUUUGGUGAGAUUGUCUCUGUGAAAAUUCCUAUUGGAAAGGGAUGUGGAUUUGUGCAGUUUGCCAACAGAAAAAAUGCCGAGGAUGCAAUACAGGGACUGAAUGGAACAGUUAUUGGCAAGCAAAUUGUUCGUCUUUCUUGGGGCCGAAGUACAGGGAGCAAGCAGUGGAGAAGUGAUUCUAAUAACCAAUGGAAUGGAGGACGUUAUGGAGUCCCAGGCUACGGUGGUGGAUACGGUGGUUACUACGCAGUACCACAGCAGCAGGACGCAAACACGCAAGCCACAGUUGGCGCAGAGUUAAUGGGUCAUCUUGCCCCAGCUGCCGCAGUUAAUGGCUCAUCUUGAGAAAAGAGUAUGACAUUGCAUCAAAACACCAAUCUCUUAGCUUAUUCACUUUGUUAUAGGGAAUUUAUUUAAGUUGUGCUUAACUGAAUCUUUAUUUACCGAAUCAUGUGGCUUCAUAACAUUAUUUCCUCAUCAUGCUUGCUACAUCUGAUGAACAAUUUUGGGGUUUGGGUAGAUUUCUACUAUUAUUAUUAUUUUUUCUUUAA